CAUGAACAUGAGCAGCCAGGUCCAAUUGGCUCGGCAGUGCCAACAUGCGCGGCUUUUUUUGGUGUAGCACUCUCCGACGCCUUUGCGAUGAUCCGCCGCCACCUCGACAUCGAACUUCAGCAGCAGUCGCAGGAGGACUCGCUUCACGGCGGCGUGCUCUUCCUUACGACGUACAGCCAAGAAGAAUGGCGGGCAGAUGUGCGGCAGGACAAGGCGCGCUGGCAGAGCUUAUUCGACGCAAGUCGACGUGAAAUGCAUGAAGAUAAUUUUCAUGGUGCACCUCUGCUGCGGCUAUUCAGAAAUGUGGACAUUAAGUGAGCAGCCUUGUUCUGCCGUGUAGCGUGGCAAUAAAGAUGCGUCAUGCUCCUGCUCCUGCUCCUGCUUCGGGGCCAAUUGCUAUUACUGACAAUAGUGCUGCUUCACGGAGACACGUGCCGCGUCCACAGCACCUCUUUGCCCUGCUCGCCUGUCUUGAGCCGACCGUGGCGCAAGGAAACUCUACCGCUACUGCUGCUGUUGCGCUUGCGAAUCUUCGAAUCUGUACCAGGAAGCAACAGCUGCCGCAAUCAUCUCUUCACAGCCCUCCUCUUCUCACACGAGCAACUCCUCAGACCACACUCUCCCUCUCCUCACCGCCGAACCUUGUUAUCCUGCAUGGGCUCAGCAAGUGGCUGGUGUGGGAUGGUGUAGGGCUGGGCGAGCUAGCUGCGUGCCUCUCGCAUGCACUCUUUUUCUGCAACGAGCGCAUGUCCGAGUUGGGGCUAGCCUCAAAGCAGAGGGGGCAGCAGGAUGCGUCGCAGCCGUCGUCACUACCGCCACCGGGCCCGUCGCUCGUCGUGCUUGACGCGCCCGUCGAAUCUUCAUCACUGCCAGCGUACAACGAUGGAGCAGAGCAAGGUGCAGGAACCGGUAGCAGCGGCAGCAAGGAUGAACGGCCUGCCAGGGUGGCAGACGCGCGCGCCGUGCUCGAAGCGCUCGCUCUGCGUUUCUGCGACAAGAUCAUCGAACACGAUGCUACUGCGUCGUCGUUGCCGUUCUCAUAGCGCAAUUAAAUGGAACAGUGAAGAAGGCUGCGUCGU